CCAUCUUCCUUACAUUCGGAGAUAUUCCUCAAAAACUCAACUGGGAUAUGAGUCGGCUUGAACUGUUUUACAACUUCGCGACUGAAAUGGACUGCAUUUGUCAUUCGGAAUCCGUUAGAGAGCUGCACACAUUUUUAAAAUUCCAUCCAUUCGCCAUUGAUAUCCAGUUGUGAUGAAUACCAGAAAUAAUGAUAGGAAAUCAUUCACGAAUUACUUAGUCGAUUGAUAACCAUUUGAUUGAUGAAUUGAGAUAACAGUAGAUGGAAAAAAAUUGAAAGGGGCGUCAAUUGCCUAAACAGCCAAAAUCUCAAAUUUCGUGCGAGGGGCGUUUGAUGUGGUCUCGGACCACCUAUGAUCUCAUCAGUUGUCUAUUCGUAGUUAACUAGUUAACAUGAUGAACACAUUAAGGCUGAUUGCCCUCGUAGUAAUUUAUGUCAGUGAAUUUGCAUCCACCGAUGACGAUUUUCCCGAAUUACACUGCAAACUCAUUGAGAAUGGAACUCCCCUUUACAAACUCAAAAGGCACCUCUUCUGCGAUUAUGAUCCUGGAAUCAGGCCUAGAUAUGGCGCCAAAAAUACGACUGUUGUCCACGCGCUGAUCGUCCCGGAAAACUUCAAAUUCAACAUGCACCGGGGUAGUAUGGAGAUGAACAGCCAUACCUAUGUCGGAUGGGAGGAUCCCUUCUUGACUUGGAAUCCAAAAGAGCAUGAUGAUAUAAAAAUGAUAGUUGUCAGGAGAAGUGAAAUCUGGAUACCGGAGUUGUACUCGCUAAAUCCAAGCGAUGGGGACAUGUCCGGAAUCCCGGACACCCAAUGCCAACUGUGGAACGACGGCUACAUUUCCUGCAGUGCAACAAUUCAGUACACGGUACCCUGUGUUUCCGAUUACACUCACUGGCCCUGGGAUGUUCACAACUGCAGCUUGCAGAUGGGCGCGUCGGCCUACACCGGUGAGGACAUAUCGUUCAGCCACGAGACUGGCGUUGCCAUGAAACGCCACGACGAAACUGAGGAGUGGAAGAUCACUCGUCUCGGGAGGGGGCGAACGAGAGAAAAAUCUAAAUUGUCUGGAAAUGCCACUUUUCCGAUGUUCACGGUGUCGGUUCUGUUGCGCAGGACUCAAACAGCUUUGAAGAGCGUUUAUUUCUCUCCGGUGAUAAUCCUCACUGUGGUGACUCUGACUGUCCUCUGGCUGAGACCAGGCUCCACUGAACGUCUCAUGUUAUCCUGUUUCAAUCUCUUGGGCCAUGUGAUAAUCAUUCGACAUCUUCACUAUAGCGUUCCCAAUACUGGAAAUGAUGUCCCCAAUAUCCUGAUCUUCUACAACAACUCCCUCAUCCUCUCGUCGUUGGUAUUGAUGUUAACCUGCUGGCUCCAGAAACUCCUAGAGUGGAAACGGGAAGUGCCCGCGUGGCUGGCCUCACAAGUCUCAGUCGUCCUCACGAGUAAAAUUGGACAAGUACUGUCGAUCAAUAUCAUGGAUACUAAAGGAUCGGCAUUACUCCAAGAUGAUGAUGAUGACAACAGUGGUCUAGUGGACUCUCAAUCGAACAACUUCAACUGGGAGAAUGUUGUUACCGUCAUUGGGUGGCUCUUACUCUUCAGUUUUGGUUUCAUUUAUUUUGUUAUGUCCCUCACUCUACUUUAUUGAGCAUUUACCAAAAUUUAUAAUUAUACAGAAUUAUUCACAGGCAUCGUCCAUUUUUUAUUCGGAAUCGUAGAGGUCUGCACGUAAUUUUUUUUAUAAUCUGCAAAUCACGUGAAUCGAAGAAAUGAAAAGGAAACAAAACAUGAGGAAUUUAAUAAAAUGGGCUGGAAAAUAUUCCUCAGGCCAUCCUGAAUCUUGUUGCCCCUUAAAAUGAUAUCACAGAAUA